AUGGUUGUUUCUCAAUAUCUUUCUGCUGAUGGUUCUCUGUUUUCAGACCCUACUCUCUAUAGAUCCCUCGUAGGUGCACUACAGUACUUGACUAUCACAAGGCCCGACAUUGCUCAUGUUGUCAACUCUGUCAGUCAAUUCUUACACGCUCCCACUGAUGAUCACUUUCUGGCUGUUAAACGCGUCCUCCGCUAUGUUAAAGGCACCAUUCACCAUGGCCUACAUUUUCGCCCUUCCACUUCUCCUGGUACUCUUGUAGCUUAUUCUGAUGCUGAUUGGGCCGGCUGCCCGGAUACUCUUCGUUCGACCUCUGGUUAUUCUAUCUAUCUUGGCGACAAUUUAGUUUCCUGGAGUGCCAAGAAACAGCCGACUGUCUCUCGUUCCAGCUGUGAAUCUGAGUAUCGUGCCCUUGCCUCCACUGCCGCUUAA